UGCACAAUAUGGCGUCCGGUCACGCGUUGCUGUGCUCUGUGGUUUUCCUUGUCGUUCAGUCGACGCUGUUUAACUUUCGCGCCUAGAAGUUAUCCUGUGCUCAUAACCAUAAGGUGAAUUCUUCGGCGAACCAUUUGGACAGGUCCGUUUGGUUUGAGUCAAGUUAUGUCUCUGUAAAUCUUAUUAGAUCGAUGGCCGUUACGAGAGACUUCAAGGCAAGAGAAAUCUCGUUCCGGCUAGAAGGUUUCCCUCGUGAACGAAAGCGGGACCUCAAAACAACCUUCAAACUUGGCAACCCUGGACAGUUAAUCAAACUGGUGAACUUUUUUGUCGCUGCCGGAAUUUUAAUGCAAGCAGGUGAUAUAUCACUCAACCCUGGUCCGGUAAACCACGCUAAGCGACCUUUGUGUUCACUUUGUCUCAAGACGAUCCGAAGGAACCAAGGUGAAGCUUCAUGUCAAGCAUGCAAUGGUCUUUUUCACCUGAAGUGUAUCAGAAUUUCGUUCGAGGACAGCAAGUGUUGUAAAAGCUGUAGCGAAGGAGAGGUGGUAGUCACUGAGCAAGUUAGCGAGAGCGAGAACACAGCAUACCCUAAACUUAAAAGUCUUUCGGAGUUGCUACUUUCGAAGGGCUUGAAAGUAUGUCAUCAAAACAUCCGAUCCCUGCUACCAAAGAUUGACCAAGUUCGAGCUUUACUAGAGUCAC